ACCAACGAUUCCCUCUUUGCUAUGCAGAGAGCUAAUGAAUUAAAGGAUUUCGUCGAAUUUUUGUAACCAGGUUAAUAUAUAACGUGAAUUCUUUGCUGUGUCAUGAUAGAGCAGUUGAUAUUUAAAUCGUGUGACAUAAUCGAUCGUCACUUUUCACUCGUUGCACGUUCCAGUGGUUGAUCAUGUACCAAUCGAUGGAUGAGAAUGAAACGCCUCCUGCAGUAGCCAAAGGUAUCUGCUUCAUAAAAUUUCGUAAAAUGUAGUAUCGUUUGUUAUUGGCUUUAACAACGAAAGGGGCCAGAUUUUCUUGACCGAAGUCAGAGUUCUCAUCGAUCAGCUGACGGAGAGCUGACUUCGUUGUUGGUCACAUGAGUACCCGGUUAAUCUGUUUUGUAAUUUUAAGAUUCCCACGAAUUAAGGUUAUAGUAUCUCAAGACUCUAAAAGUAUUUUCAUAUCCAUAAGAGAGAGCUAAAUAUUGAAAGUUGUCUUCCAAAUAUUAAUUUAUCAUUAAUACCUACGUUUCAAUAUGAGCGAGCUCAUCGAAGGAUUUGAGGAUGGCUGGCUGCCAAUCGUAUCAUACAAAUGGCUAUUUGUGGAGAAAUCUGCUAAAUGUUUGACCGUCUGUUUUAGCGCAAAGGCUGCAAGGGUCUCAAAAAGUCACAAGGCACAUCUUAUUUGCUCCAGUUUAGUUACUUUCGUGCGUUACGCAACAACACAUCGUUGCAUGAUCUGUGAACUUUGAUAUACAAGGAGCACUUAUUAUUGACUUAUGAAAAAUUUUACCGUAUUACUCUCGUGUUUGAAGCUAUUGCAACUUAUUUUAUGUCAAUAAUUAUUCUUCAGAGGCCUGUAGCACCUUAUAGUUUACUAGCCACUAUACGCACGCACGUUUAUAUUGCCGUAUUUAUUAGUAUUACAAAAGGUAUAGCAGGGAAUUGUUUAAGGUGGAAUAUUUCAAUGAUCGCUCAUCAACUCUGUACGUGAACCGAUUUCUGAAGAGAUUUUACCAGCAAAUAAUUUAACGAUGAGGAAACCUUACAAGAAGAAGAUAUUUUCACAUGUCCCAAGUCUGAGCCAAUCAAACGCGAGAUAAGAAUAUUCCAUCUCCCAUGCUCUCAAUGUUAGAGGUAAUACUAUUGGUCACAUCAUUUGGUUAAAAUGGCGGCUUGAAUCAAGAUCAAUAUAUCAUCAUUUUACCGGUAAGUAACCUUUUUUCUUGCCUUCAAUAAACUAAGCUCGUUUUCCAUGAUUGUUGGUCGUUCACUGAUAUCAUUCCAUUAAGCAUCGUAUGAAUCCUCCAUUAAUUUUUAGCGUAAAUAGUGUUGAUUACUCGGUAUUAUUCGAUAGCCAUUUGAUAUUACGACUUAAGUCUCGUAACUUUUCAAUAUAUUCUUAAACCUUGCUGUUCGUGAGUUGAAUCUGGGCAAAAAAGUUGAAUUUGCUUAGACAAGUCUCCCCUCGCCCCCUUCCCCCUUUAUUUAACAGCGUUCACACACCGAUCCGCGAUUAUCCCUUCUACGAACAUGGCUUGACAUUUUUCGUCAGUUUUCAAAUUCAUACCCAGAGGAGUUUUCAAACUCCAGACAACUUAUUUCAUACUGUUUAUUUCGGACUUGAACCAAUAUACUCUAGUUGGGGUAUGCAUUGUCAACCACUUAAAUGUUGGAAGCAAGAGGAUGAACAUGAAAGCUCUUUAACAACAAAAUAGUAGAAGUGCGUUACCCUUCAGCAUGUUUCAUCAAUGUACUAGAAUGAGCUUAUAUGCAAGUAUCUACUUGUAAAUUUUGUUAAAUAUUUUGAAAUUCGAAACACAGAUUGGGUGAUAUCAAUUUUGUUCAUAUGAUCGCCUUAGAUUUCAAGUCAAUGCUAAAAAAUUUUUGUGGUUCAAAUUAAAUUACACAGUAAGGCAUUUUGAUUGGUUCAGACUUACGAUCUUCUGGAGGACAGAUGUAACUGAUAACAACGUAGAUGCUUCUUUUUUUUUUUACAAAACAGAAAGCUUUGAUAUUAAUGUGAGACUGUUUAGUUGUAGAUCACAGAAGAUGAAUCCACCCUUAAGUUUUUACAUGUUGAUGUUAUCUUUGAUCUAUUUCCUAAACAGAUGCACAACGCAUGGAAGCUUAUUGUUAAAUACACACUAUUAUUAUAUGGCUAGUUAUUUUUGAGGUAAUUCCAAGCAUUCUAAUUGGUUCAUAGUGGGUUGGAAUUUUACCAUCUAGAUCAAUUCCAUGGAAAUGGUCAUAAGCCAUGUAUUUCAACCUCAUUCCCAGGGCCUUUUCCCUUAGUUAGGGGUGGAGUUGGGGAUGGAGUUGGGGGUGUUCCCAUCCCAUCCCCAGCUAAGGGAAAAGGUCCUGGGAAUGAGGUUGCCUUAUGUUUGGUUAGUAAGAAGUUGCUGGUAUUCUUCUAAUUUGAUAUCUUUUCCCUUUUUCAGGUUUUCUAGUCUGCCAACCACAUUCACUAUUUAUGGAGUGUAAUGUUCAAACCUAUUGUUAUGCGAAAUACAACAAUUGAGUAUAUCAAAAUGAAUGAUUUAACAAGUCCUUCAUCAGACAUUGUGGAGAACUCACACCCUUCAUCUGGUAGCCACUUUAUCAUCCUGCUUUAUUCGCAUUAGAUGAUAAAUUUUUAAGUCAAGAUAUAGAUCACUGACUGUUGUUAAGUUGCACUAAAGUGUUUUUGUACAGAGAAUAAGAGUUAUGAUAUAAUGUUCAUCACAAUAACAAUUAAAGGAGUACAUGGAAUGAAGAUCUAGGCGACUUUUGAUGCACCACCAAAAUUUUCCCUGUGUUUCACCAGGAAAUUAAUGACAAUUUUGUGGAAAUCCUGCAGUCUAUAGAAUUUAAGGUUGUUUUUCAUGCUCCUAUUCAGUUUUCUCCAAGUGUUGUGAAUUUUGAUUUUCUCCAUGUGUUGCUGAUAAGUUAUUUGGAUAUCUUUGCUAGUAAGGCAGAAUUUUUCUCAGAAAACAAGUUGGGCAACUUGUGGGAAUUUAUCUGUUUACCCAUUGCAAGCAGUUUUGUUAAAACAAAAGUUAUAAUGAAAGUAGGAUUUUAUGACUUUUUUGCAAGAUAUAUAAUAACUAUGGCAUGAAGUCAUCUGUCCAGUGAUCAGCCUGUUAUUUAAGGCUGAUUGACCUUAAUUUGUCAUGUUAAGUGGUAUGCUAAACCAGGAUUGGUUUGACUAUGUAUGAAGCUGUACUUAUUACAAAUUUUUCAAAAUUAUUUUCAAUUUUUUACCAUUUCAUGUAGAAAUUAAAAUAAUGUGUCACCUGUUAGAUUUGAUUUUUUGCUUAACCCUUUAACUCCCAUGAGUGACCAAGGCAGAAUUUCUCCUUACAAUAUUAAUACAAUAUCAACCAGAUAAGUGAUGAGAAUAAAGAAAAAUAUUAAUUGGGAGAUAAUUAGUUGAUUCAAUACUAAAUUCUCUGAACUAACAUUAUAAGAAUUGUAUGGUUGACAGAAAAGAGAAUGACAAAUUUGAUCUGAGAGUGAAAGGGUUAAGGUGUAUGUUUUAUCAUUAUCAAGUAGUUGAAUUCAGGUUCAACACAAUCUUGUCUCCUGUUGAAGGGACUGGUUUUAUACUACUAGUGUUGUGGAAAUUAACUCUUUACACUCUAACAUUAGAAUGCAUUUUCUCCAUAUUGCAUUCUACACAUAUGCUUUGGCAAUGCUAACAAGAAUUUGUUUAACAAUCAAGAGUUUCUUUUGUUGGUGUUCAUUUUUUUUAUCCUCAUGACCUUCUUAUACUAAAAGGAGAAAUGAAAUGUAUGUCUCGCUAAGAAAAUGAAGAGUCAAAUGUCUGCUGUAAACAGUGUUGGAAUUAUUUUGAGUUUUUUCUUUAUCAGUGUGUGUUUUAUCAGCAGGUGGUGAUAUGUCAAAUUCCUUUGAACUCAGUUCAGAGGAAGAAUUGAAUAGCAUGCAUGCAAACAGAAAGAGGUCCACUAAACCAGACAUUGCCAGCACUUACUUUGAUCAAAGAAUCACUGUUCCCAGAGAUGGAGAAGAGGCAGACGUAAGUUUUUUGUUUUUGUUUUGUUUUUGUAUUGUGGUAUAAUCUGUGGCAAAGGUGUACAAAUUUUUAAUACUUGAUUUUCGUGUAGAAGAGAAACAUCCUUCAGCACUAUAACAUCAUGCCUUAUCAAUUUGAAGCUUCAAAAUCCCUUCCCUCCCUCCUAGGGCAACCUCCCUGUUAUUUGAACUUUUGAGGAUUGGUUUGUUCAAAUUCCUCUCCCUCCCUCCAUCCCUCCCCCAAGGCAAAAUCAGUGACUGUUACUUUCUAAACAUAGACCAGUCUUUAACCCUUUCAUUCCCACAAGUGACUAAGACAGAAUUUCUCCUUACAAUAUCAAUACAAUAUCAAGCAAGUAGGUGAUGAGAAUAGAGAAGAAUAUCAACCAUGGGAUUAUUAGUUGAUCCAAUACCAAAUUCUCUUAACUAACAUAAGAAUUAUAUGGCAGAUAGUAAAGAGAAUUACUAAUUAGAUCUUGGGAGUGAAAGGAUUAAAACCUAGACCUUGUAGACCUUUUCUUCUGAGCUAUUUGCUCACAAAAGUGAACUGUUUCCCUGAAAACUCCCUCAUAUUUUAAGAUAAUUAUUUUAAUACUUACAUUCUGCUGAAAAGACUUGAUACUUCCAAUUCAAAUUCCCCACCCUAGCAUGACAAGAUUCAAAUUCCCAACUCACUGGGCAUGGACAAGGGUCAGAUGCUUUUGUAUUGCCCAGGAUGUUGAAGCUUUGAAUUGAUUGGGGCUUACCCAGUUUUAAUUCUUAUUCAUGACUAGAAUUUUGUCCCUCCUUCAUGCAGUGGGUGCUGAAAAUUGAACUUUGUCUAUGGCUAAAUGUCUACUACUUUGCAUUAAUUUUCUUCUCCCUUCAUGCAUCUGUGCUGUGAAUUGUACUUUUUCAAUAACAGUGUGCAAAGGAUGCUGUGCUCCUUACUUUGUGUAUCACUCUUAACAUGUUACUCAAAUGAGUCAAACAGAAUCAAGAUUACCAUUUUCAAACCAUAGUGAUAUGCCAUUAAACCAAAUUGGUGAAACUAGGCAUUCAAUGCAUUAUGGUUUCAUGUACUUUAACCUUUUAAACCCUAAGAUUGGUAUGCUUAUUCUCCUUACAGUUCACUAUAUGUUUCCUAUAGUACUGACGUAAGGAAUUUAGGGAACCAUCAAAAGUGUGGGGGGGUCAUUUCCCUUUUUCUCAGGGCUUUUAAUGCUCAAUUCAGCAGUGAAACUAUUCGAAGAUAGAAGAUGCCAAUCACUGUUAUAGGCGAAAGGGUUAACCCUUUACACCCUAACAUCAGUAUGCAUAUUCUCCCUACUGUUCUUUAUAUAUUUCCUAAGGAAAUGUCAUGGAGAACUUGUUCAAAAAUCAAGGGCCUCUCUGGUGGGUGAUCAUUUCCCUUAUUCUCAUGACUGUAAUGUUUGAAUCAAAAGUGAUACUGUUGGGUGAAAUUAGAAGCCAAUCACUCUUAGAGAUUAAAGGGUUAAAAAUACUGAAUGAAAUAAAUGUGAAUUUCUGCCAAGCAUUACCCAGAUUUCUCUAAUGCAAUUCAGUUGCAGUUCAAAUUGUUGUUUUACAUGCCAUGAAAUAUUGAGGUCUUAUGCAUCCUCAGAAGGUGCUAAAAUGACUUGUGAUCAGGAUAAUUUGUCAUCUAAUAUAAAAUAAAUAAUUUGUUGUUUUAUGUGACUCAUUACAACAGAAGUACAAGUUUAGUUGGCGUCGGUUGUGGGCCUUCACUGGUCCUGGCUUUCUAAUGAGCAUAGCUUACCUUGAUCCUGGAAACAUAGAAUCAGAUCUUCAAUCAGGAGCUGUGGCAGAAUAUAAGGUAAAUGAUACAAAAUGUUGAAAUAAUUCAAGAAUUGAGAGUUCCUAUGAGGUCAUCUAGAAUCUGAGAGUCAGUUUCACUUAGCCUUAAACUUUUAUAAGAGACCAAGACAGAAUUUCUCUUUAAAAUAUCAGUACAAUGUCGAGGAGACAAGGUAUGAGAAUAAGGAAAUAUCAAUCAGAGGAUUAUAGUUGAUCCAAUACUAAAUUCUCCAAAGUAACAUCACAAGAAAUGUAUGGCAGUUAAUAAGGAGAAUUACUAAAUAAAUGAGAUCUUGGGAGUGAAAGGUUUAAUCAGUUUAUAAUUCUUGUCAAGAAUUUAAAAAUUGACAGAAUUUCAAGAGUGUGGAAUAUUUCAAUUUCUUCUAUAUUUACAUGUUGUUGUAAAAUUUAUAUCUUAUCAACUGAAGAUGUGUUGGUGUGUAGUAUCGCUGAGUAUGUAUACGAGUUGUAUGGUAUUUUCUUAACCCUUUCACUCCCAAGAUCUGAUUAGUAAUUCUCCUUACUAUCUGCCAUACAAUUCUUAUGAUGUUAGUUCAGAGAAUUUGGUAUUGGAUCAACUAAUAAUCCCAUGAUUGAUAUUUUUCUCUAUUCUCAUCACCUGCCUGCUUGAUAUUGUAUUGAUAUUGUAAGGAGAAAUUCUCUCUUGGUUACUUGUGGGAGUGAAAGGGUUAAGCCUGUAAGGUGAGUCAAGAUACAAACAAGAAGUAAAAGUACUCACCAAUAUUACACACCAAAAUGUCUAAUCAUUAUAAGUUAUUUAUUAUUUAACUCACCACAGCCAACUGGUUAAACAGGUUUUUUUUUACAGUACAACAUAGAAAACUGUAAAAUAUUACUGGAUAUAUUUACUCUAGUUGCACUUUAUUUGUAUUUUGCUGAGUGUAGUUGGGAAUUAAAAUGGGUUAAUGUGAGUUGAACAAAAAGAAGUCUAAUAAAAGUACUCUUAGUGGGUUUAUGAUAAACAUUUAUCAGAUCUGAUUUGUUUGUCUUGUUUACACAGUUGCUUUGGAUUCUUAUGUGUUCUACCCUUAUGGGACUUCUGAUGCAGGUGAAAAAAUCAGUUUGUCUGUCUUUUUCUGUUCCUCUAUUCUCUCUUAGUUAUUAUAUUAGAGCUUAAAAGUCAAAUUUGUUCAAAUUCGCAAGGCAUCAGCAUACAAUUAGAAAAUUUUAAUGAUAUAUUCAUGAAAUAUUGGGGAAAAGCAAAUUUCAACUUUUCCCUUUCUGUUUGGAAUUUUUGGAACCCACUCGAAGUUCCAUUUUGCUUUAUUGAAAUCUGACACAAGCAAAAAUGCUUAAAAAACAAAAUGACAAGAAGGCAAUCAAAAUUAAGGACCAAUUUAUACCACAAAUUAUACAUGUUUCUUAUUCCUUUCCUAAUGUUAUCUUUCUUUUUGUGACUUUUUUUUUCUCAUCAGAGAUUGUCCCUUAGGCUAGGAACUGUAUCAGGUAAAGUAUUGCUGUAUAAGUAUUUUUAAAUGUGUCUUUAUAUAUUGUUAUUUUAAGUGUAAGCUGACUUAACGAUCAUCAUCCCUUUUUACACAAACUAACAGACAGAGUGUUCCUGAAUUAAUAACAUGUCCAAACAUAAUUUUGCCACUUGGAAUAUGUUUUGCUUCCUUUUUUUCUUGUUCUGCAGUUUUUUUUUUCACUAGUUUAGUUUUUUGUUUUCCUUUUCUUGUUGUUAAAGGUUUAUAAAAACAAAAUAAAGUUCAAACUGGCUUGAAAAGUUUUAAACCAAAUAAAUUUGCACCAAAAGAAAUAUUGGUACAUUGGAUGGAAAUUUCUAAUCCCAAGAAUGUUGCAAGGAGAUGUCACUGUUAAGGCUUAUUUUCACAAUAAAACUUCCUGCUUUUUUCUUGUCCCUUGUAAUUGUCACACAAUCCUUUGUGAAUAAUUCUUCAACCGAUAGUUUGCUAUUUUCAUAACCAAAUCAAUACUAACAGCCUCUGGUUGGCAAGUGUAGAUAUUCUCAUUACAUGUUUGCUGCCUUUGGUUAGUGUAUCACUGUUGUGAGGAGAAGUAACUUGUUCAUCAUCACUUCAAGAGAUUUUAAGAAUUAAUUAUCCAUGCUGGAUUUGUUAUUAUAGGCAAGCAUCUUGCAGAGGUGUGUCAUGAAAAGUAUCCCAAGAUACCCCGUAUCAUUCUCUGGGUUAUGGUUGAGAUUGCAAUCAUUGGCAGUGACAUGCAGGUAAGUCGUCAGUGUGUUAUCAUGUAAGGUGAAGUUUGCACACAAGCCUGUGUCUCUCAGAUCCUCAAGCUUUCCCCUGGCAUGAAGUUGCCAGGCAUAUUGUGGCUCCUUGAAAUGGGAUGGUAGUCUGCCUUAAGUAAACCUUCUUUCCCAACACUAAGCAAUCCCACAGGAUGUACUAGGCAAAGAAUUCUGCUUCCUCCCAGAGCACAAAUCAUUGACUUUAAACACAUCUUGAGCUGAAACUUUUUAGUCUGAAUUCCAAUAUGCUUCCCUUUGGGUCAUUUCCUCUUUCACACAUUUCUAUGAAAAAAAUUACAACUUCAUGUAUGAAUGUGUACAAGUAUAAAACAUUAUGCUUAAACAACAGAGUCUUUUUUUAAUUAUUAUUGCAGGAAGUUAUUGGAACUGCAAUAGCAUUUAACCUUUUAUCAAAUGGAAAGUAAGUGUCAUUUUUGGUGACCAGAAUCUUUCUUGCUGUUAUUCCAACAUAGGUUCCUGUUCAAGUAUGUGUUUUAAUUUCUAUCAGUUUACUCAGUGAUGUUACUGAUUUAAAAAAAAAACAUUUAUAUCCCUCCCUUUGAAGGUUUUUGGUCUGAGCCCAUAACCUCUCUGAAGGUGAAGACCAUUUUCAUAGCUUCCUCUGCUCUAGAUUUUUCCAUGGCUCCCAAUGGGGUGGGUUGGAUAUUUCUGGAACAGUGAAGUGAUUCAAGUAAAUUGAAUAAUCAGUUUACACAAACAGGACAAAGUACUCUUGACCAACAGCAACUCUUCACUUGAUUCUGAUGAUGACUUCUGUUCAGAUUGUUGAAACAUCAAUCAGUACUACCAAAAACAGUCCUUCUCAGGACUACUCUCACAUGGACAAUCAGACUACACAAUCACAGUGAAGUGAUGAUGAUCAUCUUGAAAAUCCUAUUUGUUUUUAUUUAACAGGAUUCCUCUGUAUGGUGGUGUUCUUAUCACAAUCACUGAUACAUUUAUUUUCCUAUUCCUUGAUAAAUAUGGUGAGUCAUUAUCAUUGUUUGAAAUUUGUGUGGGCCAUUUAACUUCUCUGUUGCACUUUGAACUCUGAGCAUAUCAUGAUGGGUGGUGAAGAUGCAGACAUUAAGUAAAGAAAAUCUAUCUUUAAAGUAAUAAUUACUCUUUAGUUUUCAAGUAAUUUUGAUGCAGCAGCCCCUUUGAAGGAGACAACCAUAACAAAAUCCAGUCUAAUUGCCAAAAGUUACAAGUAUGGAUUAAACAGUCCUGAGCGCCAUGCCUUCUCUUCUCUCCUAUACUAUAUUUCCUUGAAUAAGCACCCCACUCUAAGAAAUGCUUUUCCCCAAAUAAGUAUCCACCCCCUAGGCCAUAAAUGUCACCAAGCACCCCUCCUAAAUAAGUAUUUUUCCCCCCCCCCCCCCACUCCUCCCUCACUUUCUUAAAUCAUUGGGAUACAAGGUAAACCUGUUUCUAUUGCCUCCUUUUUUUAUUUAUAGCUUCAACUACAACAUAAUCAGUACAGGAGUAUAUGAAGUGCCCUUCUUCAUAUAAGUAAUACUCGACAUACCAUUAAACUAGUUUUGAAAGAAAACAAAAGAUGUUGGUUAUACCUCUGUUCCUUAAAAAGAUAAACUUGCAGGUCCAUUGGAACAAUUGGAGAUCACACCAUAAGGAACAGGCAGGAGAUGAUAAUUUGAUUUUGAAUUAUUUUCAUUCUAGGUCUAAGAAAGCUGGAGGCAUUCUUUGGAUUUUUGAUAACUGUUAUGGCUGUGUCAUUUGGCUAUGAGGUAAGGCACAUGUAUUUCUUUCACCCAAAUUCAUUUCAGCAUUCAGGCCAGGGUUUUACUGGGUUAAUAUUGGGUAUCAAAAGAUGUUUCCCUGUAUGAUUUACAGUUACAAGAUCGAGCUUUGUUAAAAGUGCAACUCUGCUUGAACAUUGCAAUUGUGUAAGUGGUGACUCACUUUAAUUUGUAAUCUUCAAACAAAAUGUUUCAGUACAUUAAUAAUGCAUGCAUAGGGCCAACUUGCCAGACUAACAUGAUGCACCAAAGUAAACCAACUUAGCACUUAAAAAAAAAUUCGGGCUAUGACAGGAUUUGAAGGCUUGCCUCCCAGCUGAGCUACCAAGCCACAAGCUGGGAGUGGGUACACUUUCGAGGGUUCUUCUUUCCCUUAGAGAAAUCUGAUCAUAAUUUUGCAAUAACUGAAUUUCAUUUGACCUACAGGUGAAAAUUAAAUAAAUCAAUGAUCCUCGCAAUUGAGUUGCAACUUAACCCUUUAACUCCCAUGAGUGACCAAGGCAGAAUUUCUCCCUACAAUAUCAAUACAAUAUCAAACAGAUAAGUGAUGAGAAUAAAGAAAAAUAUCAAUUUGGGGAUAAUUAGUUGAUCCAAUACUAAACUCUCUGAAAUAAUAUUAUAGGAAUUGCAUAAUGGACAGUAAGGAGAAUUACAAAUUUGAUCUGGGAGUGAAAGGGUUAAAGCAAGUGUAGAGAGGAAGAUUUUUUCUGGUUUCUUUUCUGCAAUUGUGGCUCACCAGCAAGGAUCGUUGCUUUACUUGACUACCACUCAAAAUCCUCAAAAUUUUGCACAGCUAUGGCCAGUCACAUGGAGUUAUUAAUGGUUCAUGAAUCUCAUCAGACAUAAGAUAUAAUCUAAUGAUUAUUUCAGUGACAAUAGCCUAAGCAGUGUUUAACAGGUUGCAUGUGCUAGAGACUCCUGUUCAAAAUUCUUAUAUUAUUUGGCAAAUGAGAACUUAACAUUAUGGCUUUUUAUAUUCCGUGUAGUAUGUAAAAGUAAACCCAAAGCAGGAUAAAGUACUGGAAGGUCUUUUUAUACCUUGGUGUGAAAAUUGUGACAAUAAAAGUAUUUUACAGGUAGGCAUUUUCUGAUGGACAGCAAUUGGUUUAGUAGUUAGUUCAGUAAGUUUAUUCCAUAGGCUGAUUAAGAAAUAUGGCAAAUUCUUACCUUGUUUGUCUAGUUAAUAAAGAUGUUAAGUAUUUAUCAUAUAAUUAUGUCAUUUUUUUAGUUACACAGACUAUGACUGUGAUGUUCUAUGAAAUCUGUUUUCAUGAUUGAAACUGACUGCUAAAAUUUUCUUCGUUUCAAUUGCCUUUAAGGCUGUAGGUAUUGUUGGAGCGGUCAUCAUGCCUCAUAAUAUGUAUCUUCACUCAGCUCUAGUUAAGGUUUGUAUACUUAUGGAUUAUGACUUCUAAGAGCAUGAUACUGUUUUAAUUUAUAAGUUUUUAAUACCAGUGAUGAGUGUGAGUAAGUUUUAAAGUAGGUGAGCAAUAUGAGACCUAAAAUGAAUACAAGAAAAAAAUAUCUGUGCUUAGUAUGGGAAUGUAAACUGGUAUUCAAGAAGAGCAUGAUCCAGCGUGCCAUGUUGGUGGAAAAGGAAGGUUAUUCAGGAGAGGCACUGAGAGAGUUUUAUUUCAUUACAUCUGUUCUCUGAUUGGUCAUCACUAACAUGUUAACUUUACAAUAGAAGUCCUACCAGUUGAUAAAAAAUUAUCGAAGGGGUUAAUUUUAAAAAGGAAUCUGUAGUGUUGUGACAGUGAGGUGUAUUACAAGAUAAUAUGAUUUUCUCAACUGUAUUGAUAUUACAAAUUGGCAACUGUAAAGAGUUUCUAAACUCCUUACAGAGGGCAGCGAGGGCCAAAGAUCCUUUGAGCAGUAUCUUCUUAAGAGCGUUAGCCCUUUGUCGGAGAGAAGAAACUCGUUACGGUGCCCAAUUUACAUUAUCAACUCAUUUGAUGAAAACCAAUUAAUAUCAGUCCCUUUGAUUUGACAACUUGAUUCAACACAUGAAUUGGUUUAACAUUAAGCAAACGGUUCUCACCCAACCCAACAACUGUGAGAAGACUUCCAUGGCUCAGGUUGAGAAGUAUUUGUUUUAUUGUGAAUGUAUUUGUGUGGUAACAAUUCUUGAGAUGUUGCUUAUUGUUAACGCUAUCCUCUUUCUCUUUGUUGUAGUCUCGGGAAGUAGACAGGAAAGAUACUAAAGCAGUGAAAGAAGCUAAUUUGUAUUAUUUUAUUGAAUCAGGUAAUAAAUACACCUUAUUCGAUGGUUAAUAAUAUUUUUAACCAUCGAAUAAGGGACUCAUCAUUCCACCAUUAUUUACAGUUAUUGAAUACAUCUUACGGCAUUAUCUGAGAAUCGUAUUGAUCGCACAAGGCGAGCACAAAAGAUAAAACCAUGUCAGUAUCCUUUAUGAGAACUGCCAUCUCAACCAAUCAAACGAAAGACCAUAACCAAUCGUGACUUGUGCACCCGCGUUUUCCCGCGCUUUUUAAACAGUUUGCUUGUUUUUACUUUGAUUUCUCAUUGUGUUAUUACGAUGUUAAUCCUUGCACUGACUGGCAGUUAUACUUUCUCUGGGUUUGCUUUUUCGACACUCGGUUAAAGAGUGCUCUAGUUUUGCUUCUGAGUAGUUGAUAUAGUGAUACACGUGUUCCACACCAACAAUAUCAACGCAGGAAUAAAACCACGUGUAACUUGGUCACAUGUGUUUUUGCGCUGUCAGGGAGACUUUUUAAUUGAUCAAGUUGAAAGUCAUCCUCGCUUUCUUCGAUUCUGCUUUACUUAGCUAUGUGAUUGGUCCUGAAUACUCGCGAUAUCUUCUUAACCGAAACUAAUCAAAUUCAAAACUAAAAGCAAUCUCAACUUAGUCGCUCGUGUUAUCCUGCGCUUUAGCCAGUUUGGUGACAGGUCGAGUUUAGUUUGAAUUUCCACAAGCUCUCCAAGAUAAUUUUCUUUCUUGAUUCUCUUUAGCUGUUGUGAUCACCUUGGUUUUGGUUUUUGAGAUGGUUUACAUGUUCGAGUUCUCAAUCGAAACAAUUCCAGUCCUGGAUAAAUUUCAACACUGUUUCAGUUCAACUAUGCCUGUAGGAGUUGCUUGUGUAUAGUAACAUGCCUGGUCAUCACAUGUAACCUCUCCUCUCUUUUUUUCUUCCAGCCAUUGCACUGUUCGUUUCACUUAUCAUCAAUAUAUUCGUGGUCGCAGUAUUUGCAGAGGUAAAGCUAUUUUUUUUACCAGUGGUUGUUCCAGAAAUUAAUGAAAAUAGUACCAAAUAAUCCUCGUUUUACAGCCCUACGAAACUGCGCAAGGAGGGACAAAACGACAGCUUUGCACAAGCAAAAGAAAUGCAAAACGUGAGAAGAUAGGUAGAAAGGGAAAGAGCUGGGGUUUAUCAUAAAAUUCUUACUGUCUGAGUUUGGUUGGAAAGGACUGAAGCCUAACCUCCGAUGCUUUUUUAUUCCUCUGCUACUAUCACGCUGUUUUAAUAACGCGCUUCGUUCAGCUAACCGAACACCCAGAAUAGGCUAUGGAUCGAAGUUGUCAUUCUCACUGUGUUUUUUUUAUUAUUAUUAUUUUUAGGCAUUUUAUAAUACUACAUAUGGGCAAGUGGUGAGUCUGUAAUUAUUUUUAGUUCGUUUCCAUUCCAGCUUAUGACAAAAAGGACAUAACUGCAGUAGUACAUUAACAGUUUAGUCCUUCACGCCUCAGCAUCAGUAUCUAUUUUCUUCAUACUGUUCUCUAUACAUUUCCUGAGGUGCUGAUAAGGAGAAUUUGUUGAACAAUCAAGAGCUUCUUUGAGUUGGUGAUCAUUUCCUUUAUUCUCAUGACCAUAGUGUGAUUCAGGAGUAAUAUUGUAAGGAGAAAUUAGGUGCUAGUCACUCUUAGGGUCAAACAGGUACUAUAACACUACUUGAAAGAAUAUGUUACAGAAUCAAACAGUUACAAUACUGCUGCAUUGCAAAGUCUUUGUUUGAAGAGGUACGAUACUUCUGUCAACAGCCAGGGCGUGAAAUUGCGCCUAAUACAGGCGCCAAUGCGACUAAAUUUUUCACUUUGGCGACCAAAUCCUGGAAAUUAGUCGCCAAAUUGGCGACUAGAAUGUUUCAUCAUAACCUUACCAAGAGAUAUAGUGAAUUAAAAAGAUUUGCAAAGAUAAAUCCGCGGCGAACUUCCUCGUUAAGGUUUCAAAACAGGUAUCUCGACCGAUAACUAGACGCCAUCUUGGAUUUAGGUGAGCUUUAACGUUGUAUAUCGUCCAUCCUAGUGUCCACUUUGUAGCACGUUAAAGAUCUUUUCCCAAAUUUAAUUUUGGAGGGUCUAUCUAGAACGCCGACAGCUUAAAAAAAGGUUUUGUUUGUCUUUGAAAAUGGCGACCAACUUUUUUCCACUUGGCUACCACUUUGAAGAAUUUAGGAGCCAAGUGGCUAUCGGAAAAAAAAAUUAAUUUCACGCCCUGAACAGGUGUCAUUUAUUCUUCAUUCAGGGAUUGAAAGUACUUCCUUUUGCUAUCAAUAUUCUCGUGUUACUACAUUUCUUAAUGAAAACCCCGACAAUCUCUUUCUUUUCAGUAUCAUACAUGCAUUGAGAACAAGAUAAGCCAAGCUGAAAUCUUUAAUGUGAACAAGAGCACUGAUCAUCAUGUAAGAAUCUUAGAACAAUGCGAUUUUGUUAAUCUUUCAAAUACAAACAUCUGGUAAAGUUUGUGUGAAAGUGUUUCUUGAUUGAUUUGUCAUAUAUAACGUAAAAAAGCAGAGAAUAUCGAAUACUCAUUUCUCUAUGUAUAGAUUACUUGGAAUUCCACCAUCGACGGAGACCUUUACAAAGGGGUAAGAAGUGUUUGUGUUUUGAUAGUUAAGACAUUGGUUGAGACAGUUUUAUCGAUUAGUUUAUGCUAAAACAGUGGAUAGCGUUGAAGGUGUACUCUGAUUGGCUGCUCAAACUCCGAAUAUUCUUUGCUAUUUACCUCCGAGCUACGCGGGCGGGAUUUGCGGCCGAAAAUAUUGUAAUCGUUGCAGGAAUAAAUGAGUUAAUAUCAUCUUUUGGUGCUACAUUGUCUCCCUGAUUUAUUAUUUUCUAGAACAACUAUUCACCUCAGUGUUGGUAGCUAGCGGUGGAUAUUUACCUGGACGCUUUGUGGCCCGGUUAAUAUCCUCACUAGCCAUCUCCACUUCGGUGUGUAGUCGCUAAUUAUUGCAGUGCAGUAGCCAUCGUUUUAAAGUCUUAUCCAUCUAUCUUUUCAGGGUGUCUUCCUCGGAUGCAAGUUUGGAAAAGCAGCGUUGUAUAUUUGGGGCAUAGGAAUCCUAGCAGCGGGUCAAAGCUCUACUAUGACCGUAAGUGUUGGCUUCUUAAAAAAAUGAAACACGGUUGCUUUUUUUCUGAGGCUUUAUGCACUACGUGACGCACAAAGGAAAGGUGAAAGUGUCCAUCGUGUUUCUUGAGCGUUAGAGUAAGCACUCGUAAUGGUUACUGUUAAUGUGGUCAAUCGUUCUUGUGAUCUUAAAAAAAUAUAGAUCAUAUUCAAGGAAACUGAGCUUCAAAACCAAGGUAAUCAAACAACCAAUCAGUGGAAAGGAAAAUAUCUCAAGGAGCCAAUGAGUUAGCAGAGUAAAAGUAUAAAGUAGUAAACUGCUUGAAGCGCGAGUGAACGCGAAUGAUCCUGUCGCAGCUGAUCAUAGUGUUGAAUCUGAUUGGUUGUGAGGUUGGCGCUAGUUUUCCUAACCAAUCACAUGGCGAAGUAAAGCAAAACCAAACAAUUCCCUGGAUAACUUUCGACACAAUUGUCCCAAAGCCUGUUGGGUUGAAUUUGCUCUCGCUUUCUGCUGCUAAAAGCUAAUAGCAUCACUUUUGUUUGUCUUCUUAGGGAACCUACUCAGGCCAGUUUGCUAUGGAGGUAUGAAGCGAUUUAGCGAAUUUGAUUAUCCGUUAUUCUCAUUGAAUAAUUUGUGCUUGUCCGCUCCUCAACGAUUGUUGAUAUUUCCUCGAUAAGAGACAAUCUCUUGAUUUGAUUUAUGCACUGCAGGGCUUCUUGAAGAUCUCUUGGGCAAGAUGGAAGCGAGUGCUGUUUACCAGAUCAAUCGCCAUUGCUCCAACUCUUUUUGUGGCUUUCUACGAAGGAGUACAGGAUUUGACAGGAAUGAAUGAUUUCCUUAAUGUACUACAGAGUUUGCAGGUAAAUUGUCGCUGGUAUAGUUUCGAGCCCCUUUUUUAAUAUCAAUAAUCUUACCGUGAGGGAAACCUUCAAAUUGAAGCUUUGUCAGGGUAUAAAAUCCACGUCGAGAUUGGUUAGGGAUGGAAAAGAACUACAUGGAUCACAAUUGAAAACCCUAGGCCCAAAAAAACCAUGACCAAGUCAGAAUUUCCCGUUACAACAUCAAUAAAUAUCAAGUAAACAAGUGAUGAGAAUAAAGACGAAUAUCAGUUAUUAGUUUUUCUAAUAUAAAAGUCUCCGAACUCAAAUCGCAAUAGUUCUAGGGCAGACAGUAAGGAGAAUUUCUAAUGAGAUCUUGGCAGCAAAAGGGUUGAACUGUGACGUGGUUCCGGUAGCGACAUUUUUUUGAUUUGGAGAAAAAAAACCCGAGUUUAACAUCUAGGUACUAGUGGGCCGUGUACAUUGCCAGCUUUCUGAUGAGAACAUCGCUUAACAGGCAGCUGUUAAUGUAACAAUAAAAGCUCCGAUCGGAGUCAAAAAUGCUUCCAACUACUGCCAAUGACGCUCAAGAAUUUUUUGUCAGUUAAGCUGAAGACUUUUUUCUUAUCUUUACUAGCUCCCUUUUGCUUUGAUUCCUGUGUUGCAUUUCACGGGAGACAGAGCCAUCAUGGGAUCUUUUAAGAAUGGAAGGUAAGCUAAGCUGUCUUUGUCUAUCGUUGGAUCAAUAUCAGUAUAUCCUCGUUGGAUCAAUAUCAGUAUAUUCUCGUUGGACCAAUAUCAGUAUAUCCUCGUUUGACCAAUAUCAGUAUAUCCUCGUUGGAUCAAUAUCAGUAUCUGGGCAACUGCCCACCUACCCCUCCCCUAAUUCAACAAGAGUCAAUUGAUAACAAGUUAGGGUUAAUGUUGGGUUAGGGGAGGGGUAGGUGGGCAGUUGCCCAGAUACUGAUAUUGAUCCGUAUUGUUCCGUUCCAUAUUGUACCAAUCCCGCCUUGUUAAAAAUCCUGCAGGGUUUGAUAAGAGACAAGCCUAUCAUCUGGAGGGUGUUUCUUUGAUUAAACUCUAAGUUCUCUUAAGAAAUGAAAGGGAAAAUGUGUGAGCAGUUAGUCCUUUGUGUGUUUAUCCUUCAACGUCCAAGUGUUGUUGCAGACAAAAUUAUGGUAAUUUAAAUUUUGAAAAAAUUGGGUUAAUGCUGACGCUCCAACUCGUACCGACGUUUUAAAUGAGAGCAAUGACAGCCAGUCCUUCUUUUAUUCCUUUUGGUAAGAGGAAGCAAUCAGGAAAAAGAAUAGCAAGCGAAAAUGCGUCACUCUUUCUCUCGUUCGCCCCAAACAAACGAACUGAGUACCGAGAACAGGCCAUUAAGCGGAUAUAUGCGUGAUAAUCACUUAAUUAACUUUUAUCGUUCAAUAUCGUUUGGGCUAUAUGAUUUCUUUUUUACUCUUCUUAUGUUUGAUUGAGAUCCAUUUAAUUGUCGUCCUGUUGUUUUCUUUCCUAGGGUGAUGCAAGGUGCAGCUUGGUUUUUGUCUGUUGUCGUUAUAGGAAUUAACAUGUUUUUUGUCGCGGAAUAUGUGGUGAGUUUUGUUUUGACGCUUGUCUACAAUGUUUGUCAAUAUGUUAUGCUUUACAUUAAUGACUUACGUAAUCUACUCUUUCUUUAAUUUCACUGCUUUUUUUCCUGGUGUCUAGAAGUUAUUUCUAACGAUCAUUACAUAAAUUAACAUCACCAGAUAGCAAAUAUGAAACAUGUAAGCUUGGAGCCCUGUUCUUGCUGAAGGUUUAGUCGGGCAUUGUUUUUAAGAAUAUGAGAGUGUAAAUAUUUAAUGAACUCCUGUUCCAAAUUUUUGGUUGUGGAAUGUCCGUCGCACUAAUGCUUCUCUGCUGUCAUUUCAUCUGUCGUCUUUCAGUCCGAAAUACCGCGCAACGGAGGCUACUAUUUUCUAGUUGGAUUGUACCUUCUUUUCUACGUUGCUUUUCUUUUAUUAUUGGUAAGUAACCUGUCUUUAGAUUUCUAUGCCCUGGUUCCAGACUGAGGUUUCAAUUUCCUAUUUAUCCUAAUCAAUUUCAGUUUCCUUCGCAACCUUUGUCUGGUCUCUUCAUGUGAUGCGCUCUCCACCUUGCCAACGUCUGCUUCAAUCGGAAGCACAUUCCUUUCCGUAAGUGUAUCCAAUCAGAGCGGAGCUCGUAUUUUUCUGAGCCAAACGCGGCAAGACUACUUGUCCAGUCACAGCUCGUAUGUUAUCGGGCACCAUAAUUUCCGACCUGCCGAUUACCCGUUGGUGGGGGAGAGUGUGCAUUGCUUGACGAGACCAAGCAUCGGCUGCGAAGGAGUUGUGGGGUGGCAUAUUGACUGCAAUUUGGCCUUCCGACCACACUUAUCUGGUAAAAACAGUCACCGAUAGAAUAUGGGCUACCUACUCAACAACAGUCUCCAUAGGGAAGGUUUUUUGGUGUACCUACUCAACCACUCCCUCCAAAGGGAAGAUUUUCCCCCGUCCCUCAAUUUGCUGUGUCCAUUUGGACGGAUGAAGUAGAGUAGAAGGUACUUCAUAAGUGACGAGUCCUCGUUUGAAAUUUCGUGUGGAUGGCAGGAAAGAAUUAUAGUGCGCAAAAGCAGAACGCGGAAUUCUUUUUUUUCUUUUUGUUGAGGGAAAGGAAAGUUUGUUUUCAAGUUUAAUACGGAUGCGAAUGGCCAGAACCUGAAAAAAUUACGAUAACGAUAAUGGCUUUGUGAUCUAUUAUGUUAGGUUUAUUUUGCGCUUGGAUUCACCUUCUUGGAUUUCAUCAAGGUAUGAAAUGGUGUUUUAAUAUUUCAUUUACCAGAAAGUGGACUAUUUUUUCAAGGUUUAAUGGAAGAAAUUUCUGGGAUUAAACGAUCGUCAUAUAUACAUUUUUUUUUGUCAUAAGCUAUUAACACUAGCCUUUAAUCGGUGAGAUUACUUCCCUAAGAAUUUGGUGACGUACAUUCUACUGGCACGGCAUAGAUCGGCGUGAAUUGUUGCACCUUCACAAGCUUUUGACAAGAACGACAGAUAAAUUGCUUCUGUUCGUGUAACAUUUUGGAUUGAGCUUCGGAAAAAAAAAGGUAGACGCAUGUAAAACACAUCAACUAAUUAGCGUGUGUGAUUAGUUAACUCUUUAGAGGCAAUCUGGUUAUAGCAGCCUGAAAACAUGCGCAGAGCGUCACGCCGAGCCAUUACAACGUUCGCACAUGCGUGUUACGUUUAGGAUACGCUUACUUUAACAUGCGCGAUUUGUGAAUAAACGACGAUAUUUACUAGAAAAUACGUAGGAAAACGAGUACCUGUGAAAUUGCAAUUUGUUUGAAUUUUGUUUUCGGCAGGUUUUGAAAAGACCUGAUUCAAUUCAGUACGUCGCUCAGGAAGAUGAUAAUACUGUUUCCAAUGGCUUCUCACAGUGACGUGGAUUCGAGUUAGUUUAGCUUAGGGGUUAGCGAUGCUAUUAAAUGCAAUGUGUUGCACUAGUGUAAGGCCUUGUCACGCGUUGUUGUAUAAUAGUACGUCAUGAUGAAGCCAUGCUUCUUUUAAGAUUUAAAGUAAGAGAGAUUUUAAAGACCAUGUUAGGUAGUGCAAUACAAACAAAAAAAAAAAGUAAAAUAGAUGUAAGUAAUAGAUGGAAUAAUAGAUGGAAUAAUAAAUAAGAUAUUUUUUUACCAAGCAACAAGAAGGAGAAAAGUGACAACAAAUAUUGCCUUGAUGAUGAAUCCCUGUCCCAGUCCUUGAUCUUGAAGGCUACCGUAUAAUGCUUUCGUAGCCGUCAAGACAAGGUGCAAUGUAGUUUUUAAAAAAUCCUAAUUUAUGCUGAAUAAAGGUCAUUCACAGGAAAGCU